GAGCCAGGCUGCGUCAGGCUGAGCCCGUUCACCGCGCGGCCGCAGGAGCGCAGCGCCGACGCCGCGCCGCCCAGCCCAGCCGAGAGGGGCGCACUAGCCGCCGCGGGGCCCGCCGCCGCUCACCGCAGCCCCCUCCUGGCGACCCGCAAGUCUUCUCAGACUGUGAGUAACUUAGUGGUUUGUGCAUCGUUGCGGUAGCCAAGCUAAAAUUCCUGGUGGCCUUGUCCGCUUGAUCUACUCAUUCCCUACUCUGAAACCAAGAGAAGACUGUGCCACAAGAGUCCUCCAGAAAUUGCUACAAUGUCUGUAUCUAAUUUAUCAUGGUUGAAGAAAAAGUCCCAGUCGGUGGAUAUUACUGCUCCAGGGUUCAACCCUUUGGCUGGUGCAGGAAAGCAAAUGCCACAAGCCAGUAAACCCACCACACCCAAGACGUCCAUCAUUGAAGAAGAGCAGAACAACGCAGCAAAUUCCCAGAAGCAUCCUUCCCGAAGGAGUGAGCUGAAGAGGUUCUACACCAUUGACACUGGCCAAAAGAAGACCCUAGACAAGAAAGAUGGGAGGAGAAUGUCUUUUCAGAAACCCAAAGGGACUACUGCAUAUACUGUUGAAUCAAGGGAUUCUUUGAAUAGUAUAGCCCUGAAAUUUGAUACAACGCCCAACGAACUUGUUCAGCUAAAUAAGUUAUUCUCCCGAGCAGUUGUUACUGGACAGGUUUUAUAUGUUCCUGAUCCUGAAUAUGUCUCCAGUGUUGAGAGCUCCCCGUCUCUAAGCCCCAUAAGUCCUUUGUCACCAACAUCAUCCGAGGCUGAACUUGAUAAGACCACUAAUCCUGAUGUAGUCCACCCGAAAGAAGAAACUCUCUCAUCUGCUUUUACUGGUAUUCGACCUGCACGAGUUGUAUCUUCCACUUCUGAGGAGGAAGAAGCAUUUACUGAGAAAUUUCUUAAAAUUAAUUGCAGAUAUAUUACCAGUGGCAAGGGCACAGUCAGCGGUGUGUUGCUAGUUACACCAAAUAAUAUAAUGUUUGAUCCACAUAAAACUGACCCCUUGGUUCAAGAGAAUGGCUGUGAGGAAUAUGGCAUCAUGUGUCCAAUGGAAGAGGUGAUGUCAGCUGCAAUGUACAAAGAAAUUUUCGAUAGCAAAAUAAAGGAAUCCUUACCCAUAGAGAUAGAUCAGUUAUCAGGAAAGGACUUCUGCCAUUUGAAGAAAAUGACAAGAAGUAAUACUGAUGAAAUAGACUCAAGAAUUCGCGAUGCAGGUAAUGAUAGUGCCAGCACUGCUCCUAGGAGCACCGAGGAGUCUCUUUCUGAAGAUGUGUUCACGGAAUCAGAACUCUCUCCUAUACGAGAGGAGCUUAUUUCUUCAGAUGAGCUGCGACAAGAUAAAUCAUCUGGUGCGUCAUCAGAAUCUGUGCAAACCAUCAGUCAGAGUGGAGUAGAAUGUUUGACAGUCAUAACAGAGGCUGCUAGUACUCCUGACCACUUAAAAUCCGAUUCUGGACAUACUACCAAUGAAGUUGGGACUCUUUCCCUUAAAACUGAUUUAAAUAAUCUUGAAAUGGCUACUAAGGAAGGAGAUCAGACUACAGAUAAUCUUCAAGAAAUCUCAGGUCCUAAAGAACAAAGCACAGGUAUAAAAGGUAAUGCAGACCAGGAUUUUCUUCUUCAUGAGAAUUCAUUACACUAUGAAGAAGGUGAAAAAGAAAGUAUGCCCUGUGGGGAAGCAAUAGAAUUUAAACAUAAGCCAAUUGUCAACAAAGGAAAACAAGGAAAGGAACAAAAUCAGGACUCAGAGACUGAGGUAGAAGAGCUACGGAAACUCUGGAAAACCCAUACAAUGCAACAAACUAAACAGCAAAGGGAAAAUAUUCAACAGGUGUCACAAAAAGAAAUUAAGCAUAAAAUAGCAACAACCAAUAUAGAAGGUUCUGCACUUUUAAAAGAAAAGAGGAGGCAUCGAUUACAUAAGUUCUUAUGUCUCAGAGUUGGAAAACCUAUGAGGAAAACAUUUGUAUCUCAAGCAAGUGCAACGAUGCAACAGUAUGCACAGAGAGAUAAGAAACAUGAAUAUUGGUUUGCUGUGCCGCAAGAAAGGACAGACCACUUGUAUGCCUUCUUCAUUCAGUGGAGUCCAGAAAUAUAUGCAGAAGAUACUGGUGAAUAUACCAGAGAACCUGGAUUUAUAGUAGUAAAAAAGAUUGAAGAAUCGGAAACAAGUGAGGAUUCUACUAAUGAAGCAGCAGCUAGAGAAUGGGAGGUAGUGUCAGUGGCUGAGUAUCACCGCAGGAUCGAUGCUCUAAAUACUGAAGAACUGCGCACACUCUGCAGACGUCUCCAGAUUACUACAAGGGAAGAUAUAAAUUCAAAGCAGGUUACUCCAGUGAAAGCAGACCUGGAAUCUGAAUCUUUUCGACCAAACCUAAGUGAUCCCAGUGAACUCUUACUGCCAGAUCAAAUUGAAAAGCUUACCAAGCAUCUUCCACCAAGAACAAUUGGCUAUCCAUGGACUCUUGUUUAUGGUACUGGGAAGCAUGGUACAAGCCUGAAGACCCUUUAUCGAACAAUGACAGGUUUAGACACUCCAGUGCUGAUGGUGAUUAAAGACAGUGAUGGGCAGGUUUUUGGUGCAUUGGCGUCUGAGCCAUUUAAAGUAAGUGAUGGCUUUUAUGGUACUGGAGAGACCUUUGUUUUUACAUUCUGUCCACAAUUUGAGGUCUUUAAGUGGACAGGAGAUAAUAUGUUUUUUAUCAAAGGAGACAUGGAUUCACUAGCUUUUGGUGGUGGAGGGGGAGAAUUUGCCCUGUGGCUUGAUGGAGAUCUCUACCAUGGAAGAAGCCAUUCUUGUAAAACAUUUGGAAAUCAUACACUUUCUAAGAAGGAAGACUUCUUUAUCCAAGACAUUGAAAUCUGGGCUUUUGAAUGAAUAUAAUGCUCUCUCUCUUAGCAGGAUAAUGGCCCAAACCUGACAUGGACAAACAAGCAUUGUUUGGAAAGUUCAAGAAGCAAUACAAUGUAACAUGUAACUCAUGCUUUAAAAAUAGUUCAUAUCACCAUUUCUUACAGCUAUAAUUUUGGAAUUUAUUUUUAAAAUCAUGUUUCUGUCCCAGAGGUCUUUAGGGUUAGACCAUGGCGUGGGUCCCUGCAGUGUAACAGCUUAGGUUUUGUCAGAAUUUCGGUAGCAUUUUGAUCAUAGUGACCACCUCAUCUAUAAUCCAUGUUUUCUCAGUCUCCUAAUAGGAUGGUGCUCUUUUGUUGAACCUAUUUUGGUUUAUUAUUUUUUAAACUAUAUUGAUUGUUUUAGUAGAGUAGUCUAACCUGGGAUAUUGAGGGAAUGAAGACUAGGUACUGCUGUAUCUGUGAGGUUGGCACAGGUGACUUUUCGACAUGCUCCGCUUAGUUAUUCUUAUAAAGGAAAAAACACAUGCCAAAACAAUGCAUACUUCAUACACCACUGAGUUCUAGUUUUAAUUCACAGUACAACAUUCUCUUUAUUAAUUUUGCCUGUAUUCUCAAUUUCAUUUUAAUAAAAAUGAAAUUUGAGGAAAAUUCUGAUUGUAAUAGACCACAGUGCACAUGAUCUGCGGGUUUGGGCAUAUGCUUUCAUCGUUGAAUUAUCUGAUAAAGAGUUAUAAAAUGACAGAGGAGAAUGAGAACUUGAUGAUUCUACUGAAUUUAAUGUAUCAAGCAAGAAAAUAUACUAUUUACAUAUUUGUAGCUUAGCAGGGCAUUAUCAUAACUACAAAAACUAAGAGACAGAUGCAUAUUUCGUCAACAUAUUGUGUCAGGUAUACUGUUUUAUAGUUCUGUUGUUUUAGCCUUGUUGCACACCAACUCCGAAAAUAAGGUUCCUGUUCAAAAGAAAAGAAAAAAAAACCUUGUGAUUUUUUUUGAGUGGUAUAUGUUAUUAAUCACCAUUAGCAUUUGCUGUUAUAAAAGGGCAAUGAUUAUAGUAGAAUAUUGUAACUCAGUAGACUUGUUGAAUAUGCAAACUUACUGUCAAGUGACCUCAAAAAAAGAAAAGAUAAAAUAUAUCAGUAGUUCUUAUCCUCUUUUGUAGGAAACCAGUAAUAAGCCAUUGCGGCAAUAAUUCAUCAGUUAAUUUCAAAGCUUCAUGUAAUGCAAAAAAAUCCUGCCGUUAUACAUGUGACAGUGACCUUGUGCUGAAAUUUCAGCUAUUCCAGGUAAACAUUGUAUAUUAUCUUGUAAAUUAAUGUUUAAAGGUAGUUUUGUUCUUAUAGAAAGUGUUGAUUGCCAGGUUGCUUAUAGCACUUUAAAUUAUUCUAAAAAUGAAAUUAUAAGCCAAAUAUGUUGGCUUAAGUAGAUUUAGUUGUAUAGUACUUGGAUAUAUUUAGAUCUUUUGAAAGUUUAGAUAAUUAUCUAAAGAAAGCAUAAUGCUAAUGAAAAAGAAAAUCUGAUAAUCUAUUUAAUAUGCUAUUGCCGAAUAUGAAUAGAAACACAGGGCAUCGUUUCCUUGUUUAUGUAAAGCUCUCAUUAAAAGUUACUACCAGUGUAUAGAUUAAAUGUUUACAAUAUAGGGAACUGUAAAUAAAUAUAUCAGUUUCUUUCCCCCUUUGGUCUUCCACAGCAGUAUUAUUGUCUUUGUGGAGUUGACUAAUCAUAAAAAAAUCCUGUAUUGGAUUUCAAUUACAGUAAGGUCAUAGUGGUGUAUACCAAAUAAAAUUAAAUAUAUAAAUAUAAAUUUGAGUUUGGAUUUAUUGAAUAAUCAAGUUAUUUUUAUAUUUAAGAAGUCUGAUUAAAUGUACUACUGUCUUUUAUAUGUGAAAAAUGGUUCUAGGAGCUAUGGUGGUGGUGUGGUGGUGGUGUGGUGGUGGUAAUAGUAAUAAUGAUGGAAGGAUGCAUUCAAACAGAGGGAACAGCACAGUUUAAAAAAUGGGGAUGUACUUGGGUACUUGGCACAUGAGGAAAUGUAAGUCAUUUGUUAUUUUUAAAUUAUGUCCCUGGUUUUCUUGGUGGGGAGUGCACAGCAAGGUAAGACUAAUUUCAUAAAGAGCUCUGUUGUUGUGCAGUGUCAAAAAAUUUAGAUUUUUUUUAAUCUCAUAGGAGCAAUUAAGAAAAUUUGAGUGCAAGAAUGUUAUGAUCAGAUUUCCACUUUAGAAAGAUGUCUGUGAAAAGUAGAUUAGUAGAGAAACAAAUUAGAGACAAGGACACUAAUAAGACUGUUGAAAAGUCCAGAGCGAAAAUGUUGAGGUCUGAACGAGAAUAGUAGCAAUAGUGAUAAGAAAGGAGGCAUGGAUUUGAAACAGAUUUAGGAAUUAGGAUUAACAAGAUAUGGUUAUUAAUUGGAUGUCAGAAAGAGUUAAGGAUAGCUCUCAGGUUUUUUUGUUAGGAAUAUAUUAUUCAUCGAGAUGGGUGAUGUACAAAGAGUAGAAACAAGCAGCAGAUAGGGAAGUUAGGUUAGUUGUGGAACUUAUUAUAGUAUAAUAUGAGAAACUAGAGAACAAAUUGGGGGCAGGGGGGAAUUAAUAUUCUGUUCUGAUAGAUAAAAAAAAAUUUUAAAUCAACAACAUAUAGGUAGAUGUUGAAGCCAUAACCUGUGGAUGAUAUGCCCUUGGAGAUUAUAGACUGAGUGAAAAGAGAAUUCUUGAGAUAGGUUUUGGGGGUAUAGUAAUAUUAAGUGACAGGCAGAAGAAAAGGCUGUAAGCUUCCAUCUCAAGCAGCUAGAAGAACAGUAACAAAUUUAACCUAAUGAAAAUAGAAGGAAAAACGAAAUAAAGAUGUGAGCAAAAAUCAAUAAAAUUUAAAACAAGCAUACAGAACAGAAAAUCUGAGAAUAAUAAAAUUGUAAGCCUCCAGCAAGAUUAAGAAAAAGAUAAAUCACUGUUAAGAAUUUAAACGGAGACAUCACUAGAGCCAGUGAACCUUAAAGAGAUAAGAUAUUGUGAAGAACUUUGCAUCAAUAAACUUGACAAUGUAAAUGAAACAGAAAAAUGUUUUGGAAAACAGAAUUUAUUAAAAAAUGAUCCAAGAAGAAAUAAAAUUUUUGUAUUAAAGAAACUGAAUCUCUUAAUUAAAAAAAAAAAAUCCUUCCCACAAAAAACUCAGGUCUGUAUGCUUCCACUGGGUAAUCCUUUUAAGUAUUUAAGGAAAAAUAAAGUAUCAGUCUUACAUGAACUCUUCCAGGGUACUGAGAAAAGGGAGAACUUAUGUUAUUGAGGCUAGCACCACCUUGAUACCAAAACUUUACAAUCCUUACCAAAAAAAUUACAGAACAGCAUGGUAUGAGCAUAGAUACAAAAUCCUAUAUAAAAUAUUCACAACUCAAAUUUAGCAAUGUAUGAAAGAAUAAUAUAUUACAACCAAAUUGAGUUUAUUCCAGGAAAGCAAACAGUAGUUAUUUUUAAAUUGGUAUUGUUUUCCACAUUUAAAGAAGAAAAAUCCAUGAUCAUCUCUACAGAAGCAAAAGAAGCAUUUGAUCAAUUUCAGUGCCUGUUUAUGAUAAAAACUUAGCAAAUUAGAAAAGAAGGGAUCUUCCUCAAUCUGAUAGAAAAAUAUCCUUGAAAAAUGUACAGGAAGCAUCAUCUUUAAUGGUGAAUUAUUGAAGGUUUCCUCCCAGAAGUAGGAAACGUAACAAUAAUAACUGCUUUCACCACUUCUCUUCAACAUUAUCCUGGAAGUUCCAACCAGUUCAAUAAAGCAAGAUAAAAGGCAUAAGGACUGGGAAGAAAAGACUUUAAAUGUCAUUUGUAUAGGACACAAUCGUGGACAUAGAAAAUUCCAAAAAGAUCAAACUGUUGAAAUAAUUUGAUUUACCAAGGUCACUAAAGACAAGUUCAAUAUUAAAAAAAAGAGUAAAAACCCUUCUUUUUAUUCUUUCUAAACCAAUAGUUAGAAAAUGAAGCUUAAAAUACUGUCAUUUUGCAAUACCAUUGAAAAAAUCGGAUAUGUAACAAAAAGAUAGACAUAAGUAGGAAGGAUAUACCAUGCUCAUGAUACGAAGACAAAAUUGAAAGAUGUCAGUUCUCUAAAAUCAAUCUGUAUUGGCAGGGAAAAUCUCAGCCAGGUUUAUUUGUGGAAAUUAAGCUGGUCUAUAAUUUAUAUGGAAAUGUAAAGGCAAAGAACAGCUGAGGCAACAGUGAAGAAUGAGGCUGUGGUCUUAAAUACUAGAUAAUCAGGAUCUAUUAAAAAGGUGUUUAAAACAAUGUGGUAUUGGUCAAAGGCUAUACAAAAGAAUGGAUUAAAGUCAAGAGUCUAGAAACAGACUGAUUUUUUAAAAAGAUGCUGCUGCUGCUUAGUGGAGAGAAUGGUCUUUUCAAUAAAUGAUGCUGGAUUAAUUGGAUGUCUGUAUGGAACAAAAAAUCUUGACCUAUCAUACCACAUACAAAAAUUAAUUACAGAUUGUAGAUCUAAAUGUUAAAGGUAAAAAAAUAAUGCUUUUAGUUGAAAAAUAUAGGAGAAUAUCAUCAUGACUUUAGGAUACACAUACAUUGGACAGAAAAGCACUAACUAUAAAGGAAAAAAUGGUAAAUUAUACUACAUUAAAAUGUUAAGAGCUUUUCAUCAAAAGACAUCAUUAAAAAUGAAAAGGCAGCCAACAGAGUAGAAGGUUCUUGUAAUACACAGAUCUAAUGAAGGUCUCACAUACACAAUAUACAAAUGACUACGACUCAAACAAAAGACGGAAAAGGCAGAAGACUUUGGCAAUUCCUAAAAGUAUUAAAACAGCCAAUAAGCGCUAUUUUAAAAAGGAAUGUGAAGUGGAAUAACUUUGGAAAACAUUUUUUGGCGGUAUUCUACUAAAGCUAGAUUUGGCCGGCAAAUUUCAUUCCUUGCUAUGUACCCAACAGUAAUUGUGUAUAUUUGUUUACCAAAAUAUAUGUACUAGAGUGUUUAAAAAAGAACUAUUUGCUUUCUUUCUCCUCUCCUGACCAUCGCCCUGCUCCCUCCAUACAUUCACCCAUUCACCUGUUUUACUGAGUCUAAUUUACUGCUUCCUCUGGCUUGUUCCUGGAAGUAAUCAAGCACGUGGGCACUCUUCACUAGCAGAGUCUUGGUUCUUACAGCCAGCCCUCUGGUAAGGCGCACUGGUUUUCAAACCAGCUAAAGGGGCUCAUCUUCCCAGUGUCGGACUCCAGGUCUGGGGGUGCCCAAUAUGUGUCUCGAGCCCCUCACUCCCCAGGCAGGAUCCCCGAGCUUGUGAUAUAUCCCCCUCCUCUUUGUGUUCCCUGCUCAGGGCGCAGGCCCUGAUCUGACAGCUUCUCCUCCCUUCCUACCUGGUUCUGUGUGAAUCUUUCUUUAGAGCCUUUGUUGUAGAAUAGCCUUUCUGCCAGUCUCCAGUUUGUUUUCAGUGAGAAUUGCUCCACGUGAAGUUGUACUGUUGAUGUGUUCCUGGGGUGAGGUGAGCUCAGCAUUCUCCUACUCUCUGCCAUCUUAAUCUCCCCUGCAACCUUUCCCUUACUUUUUUCAGAGCUGCAUCCAUGUGUAUGUACCAUGCUUUUUUCGGCCAUUUUCCUAUAUGUAUUAGGUUAUUGCAUUAUUUUACAAUUAAAAAUAGUACACUAUGUUAUGCAUAUGUAUUUUCAUAUUGUUUGAGUUGUAUCUUAAAAGGAAAUUUGGGGAUUGGAAUUUAUUGGUCAAAAAGUAAAUGCAGGGCUUCCCUGGUGGCGCAGUGGUUGAGAGUCCGCCUGCCGAUGCAGGGGACACGGGUUCGUUCCCCGGUCUGGGAAGAUCCCACAUGCCACAGAGCGGCUAGGCCCGUGAGCCAUGGCCGCUGAGCCUGCGCGUCUGGAGCCUGUGCUCCACAAUGGGAGAGGCCACAGCAGUGAAAGGCCCGCAUACCACAAAAAAAAAAAAAAAAAAGUAAA